AUGCUGUAUGAAUUGUUGUUUGUUGCUGUGGUGCUCAUCUUGUGCUUUUCAAUAAUUAACAACAAAAGAAAGGAAUUGAAUGGAAAGGUUGUGCUGUUGCGCCCUUUCAUACCUCAUUUCACCAGAACCAUCAGUGAUCCUGUUUCUGUGCAUCAGCAUGGCUUAAAGUUCAUAGGACAUGAUGUUCUUGUGUAUUUAUGUUCGAUAAUCACAUUGAAAAGAGACUUUUGCCCAACAUACAUUCUAGGUACUGUUCCAAAUGAAAGCUUGACUUUGAUAGGAUGUCUGAAAACAAAAGCGCCAUGCAUGUAUGCCUUCAAAAAGACAAUAACGCCAAAACACUAUGGACUGAAGUAUGUCAAAAAGUAUCUUGUUGAAAGUACACCUCAGUAUAAGGUAUUUGGAAGUCCUGAAAAGAAGCAUAUUGAUUUUCUGAAAAAAUACAAUGAUAUAAGUAGUUUAUGGAUAAGUUAUGUGCCUGAAAGCAUAGAUAAUGGUUACAUCGACUCUGAAAGCCAGGUUUAUCUCAAAGGUAAGCUUAGACUGCUUGAAGACAAGGAGUUUAUUGAUGAUUUCAUGAGCCUAUUUGAUAACACAAGGAAUGAGUUAGAAAAAAAGAUUACUGAUGUAAGGCGAGGAUGCAACAAUGAUGUUCAAAAAGUAAAUACAAAGAAAAAUAUGAGCAUCAGUGAUAAAAUCAUGCAAUCAGUCAAAAACAGAGAAUCUAUCAGAAAAUAA